AUGCUGAGCAAGUUAUUUCCGCUCAUAAAAGCAAAGCCUUUGUCGGAGAAAGUGCAAUCCCGGGACGCUUUUAUUUAUUUAGAUCGGGUUAUUUAUUAUUUUGGCUGGACAGAACCAGUUGAAAAAAGAUGGAGUUCAGCCUAUAACAUGUGGACUAUUUUUACGACUAUAUUGGUCUUAAUUCUUUUGCCGAUAUCAAUUGUUGUGGAAUAUGUCCACCGAUUCAAGAGCUUUUCGGCGGGAGAGUUCCUAGGUUCCCUGGAGAUUUGUGUGAACAUGUACGGAUGCUCGUUGAAGUGUGGGUAUACGAUGAUGGGACAUCGGAAGUUCCAGGUGGCCAAGAGGCUGUUGGAUCUCCUGGACAAGAGCUGCGUCAAGGACGAGGAGAGAGCCAGGGUGCAUCGAUAUGUGGCUUUGUCCAAUCUGUGCUACGUGUUGUACAAUAUUUUAUUCUCCAGCUAUGUUGUCAUCAGCUUCACAGCAUUUUUCCUGAAGGGACGACACACCUGGAGAAUGUUUAUUCCCAUGCUUGAUACGGAUAAUCAUUUCUAUCUGUUCAGUUGUGUGGAGCUAACCCUUAUGAGUUCCAUAGUCCUCAUGCAACAGUGCACCGAUGUCUGUCCUCUGGCGUAUAUGUCAAUGGCUCGAUGCCAUAUAACUCUGCUCAAGGAUAGAUUGAGGGCACUGCGUUUGGACUUCAGUAAGAGUGAGGAUGAACACAGCAGGGAAUUAACUCAAUGCAUUCAGGAUCAUCGAUUGAUAUUGGAGUAUGUCAAUGCACUUCGUCCUGCAUUUUCCGGAACUAUUUUCGUGCAAUUCCUUCUGAUUGGAAUCGUUUUGGGUCUAUCAACUAUCAAUGUGGUAUUCUUUUCAACAUUCUGGACCGGUCUCGGCACCCUCAUCUUCAUGUUCGAUGUCUGCUUGGAAACGUUUCCCUUUUGCUAUUUGUGUAACGUUAUCAUGGAUGAUUGCCAGGAGCUUUCGGAAUGCCUUUUCCAAUCCAACUGGAUAUCAGCCAGUCGUUCAUAUAAGUCAACUUUGGUAUACUUUCUUCACAACCUUCAGCAACCAAUAAUUCUCAUGGCUGGAGGGGUUUUUCAAAUUUGCAUGCAAACGAAUUUGUCAAUGGUGAAAUUAACAUUUUCGGUUGUCACAUUAAUAAGACAAUUCAAUAUUGCUGAAAAAUUUCAGUAA